AUGAUUACUUUAAUCAUACCAUUAUUUUUCUGGAUUGCCUCUUCUCAGAUAACAACCCAGGGAGUAUUUAAAUAUAACGCCUAUUCUUCUGCCAAAAUCCUAUCAAAAAAUGAAAGUCAUCCUGAGCUUUAUGGUUCUAAGUUCAGUUCAAAUUGUGUAAAGCUUUGUCUUGAAACUUCUUUAGUGAAUAAUGAACUUACCUGCAAAAAUCUAUACCUAAUUAAAAUAAAUAUAAAAUCCUAAUUACUCUAUUACUCAAAUAUUAAAUAGAUAAGUGCUAAUCAAGGAGUAUUUUUUUAUUUGUUUAAAUAGGUAUAUGCAAUUGCAGCAUAAAAUCACCCCAAAAAAUCUCAAGUAAAUUUCUUGAAACUUGUGAGCAUUCUUUGAUUCUUACUGAAAAAUCAUAUACUAUAUCUUAUAAAUCAUUUUAUUUCUAUUUAAUAAUAAAUUUAGAAAAAAAUUAUAUAAAAUGGUAUAUGAAAAUAUUAAAAAUUCUAUUGAAAAGUCUAUUACUGAAGAUAAAGUCAAGCAUAUAGCCUUUUUAACCACUAAUAUUCCAGACAAAGAAAACUGUCUUACUGACUGUAAAGAAUUUUGUUUUGGGCUUCAAGGAGAUAAAGAUGUCUGUAUGAAUGUAUGUGUAAAUAAAUUCUGUCCUAAUGAAAUUACUCAAAUUGAGAGUCCGAAUGAUUGGUCAUUUUCUGUUGAGUUUAUAGUAAUUUUAAUCCUCGCGGUAAUCAUAGCAAAACAAAUUAGAUAUUUAAAGCGAACUUAUGGGAGACGAGAAAAUCUGGAAACUGGGUAUAUGAGAUUAUAUUCCAUAAUCAAUAAAUAGUAAUUCUGAGGCUACUAUAAAAUUUCCUUAUUUAUAUUUAUAUAGAAAAUAAUAA